AUGGAUCACACGGUUUGCGUAUGGAAUGUAUGGAGCAGAAAUCAGAAGAAGGCAUGUGUGCUAAACUUCCACAAUGCAGCAGUCAAAGAUGUGAAAUGGUCUCAGCAAGGGCACUUUCUACUUUCUUGUGGAUACGAUUGCAUGUCAAGGUUGAUCGAUGUUGAAAAGGGAUUGGAGACUCAGGUUUUCAGAGAAGAUCAAAUUGUUGGAGUUAUAAAGUUCCAUCCUGACAAUUCUAAUAUCUUCCUUUCUGGAGGGUCAAAGGGCCAUAUCAAACUAUGGGAUGUCAGAACUGGCAAAGUAGUGCAUAAUUAUAAUCGAAAUUUAGGUCCAAUUCUCGAUGUUGAGUUCACAUUGAAUGGGAAGCAAUUCAUUUCUUCUAGUGAUGUAUCUCAGAGUAAUGUCAGUGAGAAUGCUAUUAUUGUUUGGGAUGUGUCAAGAGAAGUACCAUUGUCUAAUCAGGUUUACGCAGAAGCUUAUACAUGUCCUUGCGUAAGGCUCCACCCAUUUGAUUCGAUUUUUGUUGCCCAAUCAAAUGGAAAUUAUGUUGCAAUCUUUACUACCGACCCACCUUACAGACUCAACAAAUAUAAGCGAUAUGAGGGCCAUGUGAUCUCCGGGUUCCCAAUCAAGUGCAAUUUCAGCUUGGAUGGGAAAAAACUCGCUUCUGGUUCUUCCGAUGGUUCUAUCUACCUUUAUGAUUAUCAAUCAUCCAAAGUUGUGAAGAAAAUCAAGGCCCAUGAUCAAGCAUGCAUAGACGUUGCCUUCCACCCCAUAAUACCUAAUGUUCUUGCUUCAUGCUCAUGGGAUGGAAGUAUUUUGGUAUUUGAGUAG